AUGACACUGCCCUACACCCGUCCUGCCUCGGCUACUCACGUUGCCGACGAUGCAUACACGCUCGCUCGACAGGGACAGAUUGCAACAGCAACGGCACGCUCUCAUCCAUCGUCCACCCUUGCUCCCUCGGAUAACGCUGCUCUCGACAAGCCCAUUCACAUCCGCGGCAAGACUCGCGCGGCCUCGAAAGGAAACGAGGAACGUCCAGCCCUGUGUGAUCUGACAAACACUCGCGCCAGCAAGAUUCCCGUGACACGCUCGAGAGCAGCAUCUAUCGCAUCGGCCAAGCCUCUCGGCCCGGACGCCAUGGCAAUCGACGAGCAAGUCGAAGCAGCCGUCGCUCGUGCACAAGAGCAAGGCAAACCGUCAGCUCUGCCAACGCGCAAGGCAAGCAUAAGCUCAACGCGACCGAUCCGUGGCCUGCGCACUACAACAGCUUCUAGCGUCAAUGCCGGCCUCGCAUCUAGACCUCUCAAGGCGCAAUCGUCCAAUAUACCCCGCUUGGCUGCUACCACGCUUCCCGGCAAGGAUACAAAGCUCGCGCCCGUCGAGAGCAAGCCGCGUCGCAUCAAAUCGUCGUCUACCACGCAGUCGGCCGCUACGGCCGCGCCGGCGCCUACAAAGACCAGUCGUUCAACCCUGCAAGUUCACGCGGACCCUGAUCCUGGCCAGCCAGCAGCCGUCAAGGCGACUCGCACGCGCAAGACCAACAUCCCCGUGGCUACUCAGCCAGAGAGCCGACGCGCCCGCCAGCAAAGUGCUACUGAUGAUCAGCCUGGACCGAACGCCGAUCUAGAUGCUGCACGAGUCAAGCGCGUGCGAACAGCUCAGCAUGACGCGCCAGAGGCUUCUACAUCGGCCGUUGCAGACGAAGAGCCUGUCAAAGCGCGCGAAAGCGUCAAGGGCAAAGAAAAGGCAGGCGAAAUCAUCGAACAGUGGGAUGAUCUUGAUGCAGGGGACGAGGACGACCAGCUCAUGGUCAAAGAAUAUGUGGUCGAGAUCUAUGACUACCUUCGCGAUCUCGAGCUGACCACGUUGCCCGAUCCUUACCUCAUGGAUCGUCAAGUCGAGCUGGAUUGGUCCAUGCGCGAUCAGCUCGUUGACUGGGUCAUCGACGUUCACACGCGCUUUCGUCUACUGCCUGAGACGCUCUUUCUGGCGAUCAACAUUGUCGAUCGAUUCCUCUCUAUCCGAGAAGUAUCGGUGACACGCUUCCAGCUUGUCGGAACUGCAGCGCUCUUCAUUGCUUGCAAGUACGAAGAAGUCGUCUCGCCCAGCAUCAAGAACUUCUGCUACGUCACCGAUGGCGGCUACGAGGAAGAGGAGAUACUCAAAGCCGAGCGCUACAUCUUGUCUCAGAUUCAGUGGAACCUGUCUUAUCCUAAUCCUGUCAACUUUCUCAGACGGAUCUCGAAAGCAGACCACUAUGACGUCCAGUCGCGCACAGUAGCGAAAUACUUUCUCGAGCUCAGUCUGGUCGAUCGUGAUCUGAUCGGACUCAGGCCGUCGCUCAUCGCUGCUAGUUCCAUGUGGCUUUCUCGCAAGAUUCUCGCCCGUGGGCCUUGGGAUUCCAACUUGAGCCAUUACUCGGGCUACACGGAAGAAGAACUCGCUCCGGCCGCUCUCAUGUUCUUCAAGUAUGUCCAGACCAACACGCGUCGCAUCAAGCACGAAGGCAAAUCGCCUCUGCAUACCGCUCUUCACAAGAAAUAUGCGAGCAAGAAGUUCUCGAAAGCGAGCGAGUAUGUCAAGGAAUGGGUCGACGCUUGUCCGCUCGGCCUGGGCAGGAUCACAAUCGACGAUCUGACGGGCCUGAUUAUGCAAGGCUCGCAUCAAUCGCGUCUCGCAAAACGUCGCAUCGCAAGCGCUCCACUGAUCUCGACAAUAGAGCUUACGGGCUCUGUAUACCCUCGUCGAGUCCCGAUGCUAGACAAUCCUUUUUGGUGCGGCUCUUACUCUGAAUAG